AUGCCUCGAGCAUCCCCUAGGAGACGGCAGGUGGUAAGCUACAACGAGGACUCUGACGGGGCGACUCCCAAAACCAUCAAGAAGUCGAAAAGCGCCGUCACGAAAGCGGCAAUAAACAUCACCGGCAAGCGAAAGUUAAACUCCGUAACCGAAAGAGAAGAUAGCACACAUAAUAAAAAGCAACAAAGAAGGCCCAAGGCGAAGGCAAAUGCCGAAGAAAGCGCAAUGAAGUUGGCAGACAGGACAACCAUAUCUUCCCUGACCAAGGCCAUGUACAUUGGAGCUCAUGUUAGUGCCGCUGGAGGGGUCCAAAAUGCCGUUUCCAACGCCGUCCAGAUUGGAGCCAACUCAUUCGCUCUCUUUCUCAAGUCUCAACGCAAAUGGGACAACCCCCCAAUUUCUACAGAGGCCCGCGACCUCUUCACUAGCGGCUGCAAAGAGCACAAUUACAGCACCGCAGAGCAUGCCCUACCCCAUGGGUCGUAUCUCGUCAAUCUGGCGCAAGCGGACGAGUCCAAGGCCGCACAAGCCUACAAAAGCUUCGUUGACGACCUCGAGAGAUGUGAACAACUCGGGAUCAAGUUGUACAACUUCCAUCCCGGCUCAACCGGGGGAGAGGCUCGACCAGCGGCGAUUGACCGGAUUGCUGCACAAUUGAACCGUUCGCACAAGGCGACUCAAUCAGUGAUUACAGUUCUAGAGAAUAUGGCCGGUGCGGGCAACGUGAUUGGCUCAACCUGGGAAGACUUGAGGGACAUUAUUGCGCUGGUAGAGCAGAAGGAUCGAGUAGGCGUCUGCAUAGAUACCUGCCAUGCAUUCGCAGCUGGAUACGACCUACGAACACCGGAUGCAUUUAAAAAGACCAUGAAGGCAUUCGACGAGACUGUCGGAUAUAAAUAUCUCAAGGCUUUCCACUGCCUCCGCGCGUUCCACAGCGUCAUGAACUGCGAUGGUUUUUGCAACAUGCCCAUGAUCCUGGAGACGCCCAUUGAGAAGAAGGGCCCAGACGGAAAGACGGUUGAAGACAAGCAAGUCUGGGCAGAUGAAAUCAAGCUACUAGAGAGCCUCAUAGGAAUGGACCCAGAGAGCGACGAGUUCAAGCAGAAAGAAAAAGAACUUCAGGCCAAAGGUGCAGCAGAGCGCAACAGAAUCCAAGACCAGGUUGACAAAAGAUCGGCCAAGAAUGCUAAGAAGGGUUCAAGGGCGAAAAAGAGUGGUGUAAAACAGAGGAAGAAUGCACACGACUCAGGCGAAGAGAGUGACUAG